AGAAAAGCUCCAUUACAAGCUUAAAAGGUUGGACGUUUCUAUAAAGCACACAAGGAAAAGAAAGAUUUGGGUAUUAUGAAAUUCGCUGUGAUUUUAGCAACCUUAUUUGUUGUCAGUCUCGGAGCGCCUAUCUAUAAAGAUGAAUAUAACACUGACAGACUUGCUGAAGACGAAAUUGAUGGUGGCAACGCAGCUGUUGAAUCUGAUACACAUAAAUCAAUUGAUUUAGCAGCACGUGAGUCAGAUCAGUUAAACAAUGGAUGGGGUGACUCAUUUAGUUUUUCCGAAGACUCGCAAGAAGAUGCAUCAUCCGUCAAUGAUGCAGAAAAUACAAGUGAUAAUGUUGAAUACGACCUUGAUGUGCAAGACGCGUCAGAAGAUAUGUUGGACGACGUAGACGACGUGUUAGAAGAAAAUGCCGACAAUUUAGAAAAUGAUUCAGAAGAUAUGUCGGACGCCGUAGAUGACGCGUCAGAAAAUGACUCCAACGAUGAAGAAGGGGCGUCGGAAAAUGAAUCCGACGAUAUAGAAGACGCGUCAGAAGAUGCGUCCGACGAUGUAGAAAACGCGCCAGAAGAUGUGUCCGACGACGUAGAAAACGCACUAGAAGGUGAAUUUGACGAUGUAGGAGACGCGCCAGAAGAUGAGUCAGACGAUUGAGGAAGGGGUCAACAAAGAAGUCUUAAACGAAAGCAAAUAUAGUGGGAAGAAGAAAAAGUCAAUAUGAAUAGGUCGCUUGGUAAAUUAGAUAAUGUUUUCUAAAUUAAUGUAAAUAAAAAUACUGAUACUUGAAAAGAAUCAACACAA